AUGAGCACAAUCUGGGUCAACAACUUCCAGGUACCUUGGCAGAAGAUGCCCUCCAGCCUCAAGCAGGCCAUUGCCCAAGGAAAGAGGGUAGAGGCGGCAGAUAGGCAGCAGAUGGUGAGGGAGACUGUCGACGCCAUGCGUGAGCACUGCCCUAAUCCCAACAAGGCUGAAUGCAGUGAAAUUGCAAAAUCCAUUGUAACGCAGUGCCCAAAGACUUUUGGAGACCUAACCGAGGAAGGAGAACCACUUGGCAGUGGGUACCACACCAUGUUCACUAAGAUUAAGACCAGAGUGGAGCAUAAACAUUUUAACCGCACCCAAGAGGAGCAAUGAAGAAGAAAGGGACAUCAGCGGAUUGGCAAAAACAGCAAGAACCAAGGUAGACAGUUAUGGCUGCAUCAACUAGCAACCACAGGACUUUCCAGAGAAAGAAACCCCUGACUCCCUAGAAAACAAGAGGUAGGCGAUGGCAACCAUUUUCAGCUGUGUGGGCCCCAGAGGUGCAGGUAAGAGGGAAGUGGAUGACCUGAUGAAGCUGACACACUUAUCAACGCUACAUGAUCAACACUUUACCUCCUCCAAUCAUCAGUGACCUCCAGGAACAGUGGACUUUCCUUUUCACCAAGUUAUGGCUCUGCGACCACUUCAAUACCCUCACUGGCAUCGAGAUUGACAGUCGCCUAACUACAGCUCUCCUGAACAUGGGUGAGAGAAUUGUCAACUUUUUUAAAAGACCAAGUGGAGGAGAGAGAUCCAGUGCUUGCUGAAUGAUAUCGACGGUAGCAUCAGAGGCAAUGACGAUCUAACUGCCACUGCUGCCAUUCCUUUGUUGAUUGUUCACUGCUGCCAUUCUUCAAAGAGAAGGAGGAAUCUCUGUUCCUCUUGGCAGAUGUAAGGAAUAGUGUUUUAUACUUAUAAAGUGUAUAUAUGAUUAAUCAUGUUUAUACUGUACUACUACACGUUUUUAAUAUUUUUUUAUGUAGUUUGGGGGAUUUUAGGUCACUGCAACUCGGGUUGAUGUCAAGGCGCAAAGUCCUUUGCCGGACACCCCAAGGCUGAUCAUGCUUGGUAAUACAAUUAUUUGAUUGUGGUACCUAUCUAUUGGUAUCUAGUGCGUAUGUACUAACACUAUUACUUUUGUGUAUUUCAGGAAACACUGUUGGAUUCUUCAAAGUGAAUGGUGUUGAUCGAGGAGACAGUGGUCUAUGUUUUGGACAAUGAGUCCAACUUUGCUGCUGCCCUCUCUGUGCUCCUCAGCACUUUCUAUCUUUUUAACAUAGAAUACCAGGAGUCUGCCUCUGCAACCUUGGAGCUGAUACAGAGGUGAGCAUUGAACAUUCAUUGAUCCAACACUUACAUUUAGCAUUUGUUACAGUUACAUUGCAAUUAUAUUUCUUAUUGUUAUUUGUUCAAUUCCUCAACUGAUUUCAUGUAUUCUGUGUUGUGUUGUACAGGUUCCUGGUGCGAAUAAACACUGAAGGAACUAAAUGCACAGUGGAAGCAGGAGUGAGCCACAAGACCGGAAAGGUCGUCCAGAGGACGCCAUUGCCAAUUAACCCCCAUUUUACACACUUCCUCGCAGACCUGAAGGAGUUUGAGUGGAGAAACUCCAAU